UUUCAGGAAUUUUGUCGACAAAGGCCAUGCCAAGACGGCCUCUCACAGAUAUCGAAUGGCGACGUAGUCUGCAACGUCGGAGAAUGUUAGAUGCUGAACGAAAACGUCGUUUACGUGAGGAUAAUGCUUAUCGGAUACUGGAACGAGCAAGGAAUCGUGAAGCACGUCGUAGGCAACGGGAAAAUUCUAAAUUCCGAGAAGAACGUGCCCGUGCACACGCUUAUUACAUGUUACUUUCUUCCACAGCAACCAAUGAAGGCAUUAUAUGCGGUACGUGUGGUUUAAUCUUGAAACAUGUGAAAGCUCUUCGAACACAUCGUGCAGCGUCCUAUUCGAGACAGAGGAUGUCCUUAGAGAAUAUUUUCAAGCCUGCCUCAAAGGAUGUAUCGCUGUCUAAGGAUGAUAGCGCUUUUGAUUUCAGUAAAUUAGUAAUGAACGCUGGGAAGAAGGAAGACUAUGAUAAUAGCGAAAAGGUAUCUGUGGCGAAUCAAAUAAAUGUUGUUACAGAAGCUAUUGAAUUUCUUGAUUUUUAUGGGAUUAUAUUUUCUGAUGUGGAAGCAGCGGUAGAGAGACUAUCAUCAUGCAAAUUAAAGAAGCACCGAUCUGAUUUACAAACGCAUUUGGCUUUUGAGGCUAAAAAUAGAUUAGCAGUCGGAAAGACUUAA